GAGGCCGUUUGGGUGUGGGGUGAUACCCGUCCGCGCGCGGGUAAAUGUCGGUUUUCGCGGUCGCCGGCUUUGUUUUCGGAUCCAAUCCUAUCAAAUAGCGCCAGCUUCGCCGCCCUGGUGCCGGCCGGCGGCGCCCCCCGGCUGCAGCCGCCCGCCGCCCCACCGCCAGCCAUGCCGCUGGUCAGCCGCGCGCGCGUCUACGCAGAGGUCAACUUGCACCGGCCGCGUGACUACUGGGACUACGAGUCGCACGUGGUGAACUGGGGCCAACAAGAUGAUUAUCAACUGGUUCGCAAGCUGGGUCGGGGAAAGUACAGUGAAGUGUUUGAGGCAAUUAACAUCAACAACAAUGAAAAAUGUGUCGUGAAAAUAUUGAAGCCCGUGAAGAAGAAGAAGAUCAAGCGCGAAAUCAAGAUCUUGGAAAACCUGCGCGGCGGUACGAACGUCAUCACGCUGCAGGCGGUGGUGAAGGACCCGGUGUCGCGCACGCCGGCGCUGGUCUUCGAGUACGUCAACAACACCGACUUCAAGCAGCUGUAUCAGACGCUCAAUGACUACGACAUUCGGUUUUACCUGUACGAGCUGCUGAAGGCGCUCGACUACUGCCACAGCAUGGGCAUCAUGCACCGGGACGUGAAGCCCCACAACGUGAUGAUCGACCACGAGAACCGCAAGCUGCGCCUCAUCGACUGGGGCCUGGCGGAGUUCUACCACCCGGGCCAGGAGUACAACGUGCGUGUCGCCUCGCGCUACUUCAAGGGCCCCGAGCUGCUCGUCGACUACCAGAUGUACGACUACUCGCUGGACCUUUGGUCGCUUGGCUGCAUGUUGGCCUCGAUGAUCUUCAGGAAGGAGCCGUUCUUCCACGGCCAUGACAACUACGACCAGCUGGUGCGGAUAGCUAAGGUGUUGGGCACCGAGGAGCUGUUCGAGUACCUGGACAAGUACCAGAUCGAGCUGGAUCCACGCUUCAACGAUAUUCUCGGCAGGCACUCGCGCAAGCGCUGGGAGCGGUUCGUGCACGCCGACAACCAGCACCUGGUGUCGGCCGAGGCGCUCGACUUCCUCGACAAGCUGCUGCGCUACGACCACCAGGAGCGGCUGACGGCCCGCGAGGCCAUGGAGCACCAGUACUUCUACCCGAUCGUGAAGGACUCGGCGCGCCAGCAGUCGAUGUCGUCGUCGCCGACGUCACUGUCGGGCGCAGCCGGUGGCGGCCUGCCCAGCUCGCCGGUCAUGUCGCCGGCCGCGCCGUCGCCGGCCGCUGCUGGCCAGUGAGCCGCGCUGGCCGCGUGUGUCGGCACCCGUUGUGGCCCUGCGUCGGGCCCGUGUGAGCCGGGGCCGCGCUGCGUGCGGCCCUGGCCGGCUGAUGCCGCCACGCGGCUGCCUCCGCCGCCGGAGCUGAUGAUGAGUCCGGCUCGGCGGCUGCCGCGACUCCGGCUCCGUGGAGAGCAGCCGGCCAACUGAUCACGGCCGGGAAGGAGCUGUGGUGGUGUGGUAAGACGGCGGUCGCAACAGCUGCGAAACCUCCCGGCAGCGUCGAAGGGUGAGGCGAGACCCGGGACAGUUUGGUGCAACGUUAGCGACAGGUUCCUGUGAGGACUGGGUGCGGUGCGAUCGGCCCCGCGACAAGGGGAUAGAUUACGGGACAUCGUGGCGUAGGGGGAGAGGUUGGUAGCCAUCACACCAUGGCGGGACGAGUUCGGGCCUCUGCUGGGCGCAGCGGGACGAGCCUGGCCUCUGCUGGGCACGGCCCAACGAGCCUGGGCUCUGCUGGGCACAGCGGGACAGGUCUCGGGGUGGCCCGGUACCGUGGAACAGCGCGUGCCGGGCGGCGAUGUGUUACGUGUGCUGACGCACCUCACCUGCCACUGUUCUCGGGGGCAUAGUGUUCGCACGGACCGGGCUCUCUUCAGCGCCGAGGUUCGUGCCGAGUUUUGAACGCGAGCGGGGUUACGUUCCGGCUGGUGUUGUGCUGCGUCGCGCGUGCGCAUGCGUGCGGCGUUUUCACGUGCGUGAGAACUGUAGUCUGUUGUGAGCUGGCAUGCGCGCCGGGGAGUUCUGAGUUGUGAUGGAGGCGGUAGUCGGUCGGGUGUUCGGUUACGUGGAACCUGUGUCGAUCGCCUUUGCAGAGGUGGCGAAUGCCGCUGGCUUGCGCGUGUUGUGAAGUCUGGCGAGGGUCCGCGACCUGCCAGGACGGUGUGAAAGUCUGCCUGCUCAUGAGCUACCGCGCCCUGGGCUCCGCGGGGUCCGGGCGGGUCGGCAGACCUCCGGUUGCAUUGCUCCGUGUACUCAUAACGAGAGUAUUUAACAUUCUCCAUCAGUUGUGUUGAUCGUGUCUCACUUGUGUCAGCUGCAGCUAAUACAAGAUGCAAUGGACCUCGUGC